AAAGAAGGUGACGUCACGUGGUUCCGAUGUGUAAAAGUACAAAACUAGUUACCGUGUGUGUGAAGAAGUUGAGAUUAGAGUUGGGUGGGUGAUGAAUGAUAUAAUAUUACAGACAGACAGUGUUGAACGUGAACCACACUCCCAUUCCCAGGUGUUGUUUGUUCUCAUUCUCAACACCAAAUACCAUUUUUCACUCUUCAGACCAACCGACAUAAUAACACUUGAUAUGAAUUUUUAUUAUUACUGGCUGUGGCUGGUGUUUCUGUUUAUGCUCCCCUAUUUGGAACAAGUUUAUUCAAAUUCAAGACCCUCUUUUGUAAAUAUUGGUGCUAUCUUCACCUUUGAUUCUUCCAUUGGUAAAGUUGCUAAACUUGCCAUGGAACAAGCCGUUAAAGAUGUCAACUCCAAUUCCUCCAUUCUUCAUUCCACUCAACUUGUUCUUCAUAUGCAAACUUCCAAUUGCAGCGGUUUCGAUGGCAUGAUUCAAGCUUUGCGGUUCAUGGAGACGGAUGUAAUUGCUAUAUUAGGUCCACAAUCUUCUGUAGUUUCCCACAUAGUAGCCCAUGUUGCAAACGAGCUUCGUGUUCCUAUGUUGUCAUUUGCAGCUACAGACCCUACACUCUCAUCGUUGCAGUUUCCUUUCUUUGUCAGGACAACACUCAGUGAUUUGUACCAAAUGACUGCAGUUGCUGAAAUCAUUGAUUUUUAUGGAUGGAAAGAAGUUAUUACCAUUUAUGUGGAUGAUGAUUAUGGACGAAAUGGUGUGUCUGCGUUAGAUGACGCGUUGGCAGAGAGGCGUUGUAGAAUAUCUUACAAAGUAGGAAUCAAAUCAGGACCUGAUGUUGAUAGGGGUGAAAUCACCAAUUUGCUUGUGAAUGUGGCAAUGAUGCAGUCUCGAAUUAUUGUUGUCCAUGCACAUUCUAAUUCUGGAUUUAUGAUCUUCAAAGUGGCCCAUUAUCUUGGAAUGAUGCAGGAGGGUUAUGUGUGGAUAGCCACUGACUGGCUUUCCACUGUUCUAGAUUCAACUUCUCUUCCUUUGGAGACAAUGGAUACUCUACAGGGUGCACUUGUUUUGCGCCAGCAUACGCCUGAUACUGAUAGGAAAAAAAUGUUUACCUCAAAGUGGAAUAACUUAACUGGUGGUUCCUUGGGAUUAAAUUCUUAUGGCCUGCAUGCUUAUGAUACUGUUUGGCUGGUUGCACAAGCAAUUGAUAACUUUUUCAGUCAGGGUGGUGUUGUGUCAUGUACCAAUUACACAAGUUUGCAUAGUGAUAAAGCUGGUGGUCUUAACCUUGAUGCAAUGAGCAUAUUUGACAAUGGAACUCUUCUGUUGAACAAUAUAUUGCGGAGUAAUUUUGUUGGAUUAUCAGGUCCAAUAAAACUUGAUUCAGAAAGAUCUCUUUUUCGUCCUGCCUAUGACAUCAUUAAUGUUGUUGGAAAUGGUGUUCGUCGAGUUGGCUACUGGUCUAACUAUUCUGGUCUGUCAAUUGUAUCUCCUGAGACGUUGUAUGCUAACCCACCUAAUAGGUCAAGUGCAAACCAGCACCUUCACACUGUGAUAUGGCCUGGAGAAACAACAUCCAGGCCCCGUGGAUGGGUUUUCCCAAACAAUGGCAAACAACUGAGAAUUGGUGUGCCUAUAAGAGCCAGUUACCGUGAAUUUGUGUCACCAGUGAAGGGAACUGAUUUGUUUAAAGGGUUCUGUGUUGAUGUAUUUGUGGCAGCUGUAAACUUGUUACCAUAUGCUGUUCCUUACCGAUUUGUGCCAUUCGGAGAUGGCCACAAAAAUCCAAGCUACACAGAAUUUGUCAACAAAAUAACCACUGGUUAUUUUGAUGGCGCUGUAGGUGACAUUGCCAUUGUCACAAAUCGGACAAGGAUUGUAGAUUUUACACAGCCAUAUGCUGCAUCUGGACUUGUUGUGGUUGCUCCUUUUAAGAAGAUCAAUUCCGGCGGAUGGUCUUUCCUGCAGCCGUUCACUCCUUUUAUGUGGAUUGUGACUGCUUGUUUCUUCUUUUUUGUUGGGAUAGUUGUAUGGAUUCUGGAACACAGGGUAAAUGAUGAGUUCAGGGGUUCACCUAAACAACAAUUUGUAACCAUAUUAUGGUUUAGCCUGUCAACUCUAUUUUUUUCCCACAGAGAGAACACAAUGAGUACUCUUGGCCGCGGUGUAGUACUCAUAUGGUUGUUUGUGGUUUUGAUAAUUAAUUCCAGCUACACUGCUAGUUUAACAUCCAUACUCACGGUGCAGCAGUUAUCUUCACGUAUCAGUGGCAUUGAAAGCUUAAAAGCUAGUGAUGAACCAAUAGGGUUUCAAGUGGGUUCAUUUGCUGAACAUUACUUGACUGAAGAUAUUGGAAUAUCCAGAUCUAGACUUGUUCCUCUUGGAUCUCCAGAAGAAUAUGCCAAGGCACUCCAGCUUGGUCCUAAUAAAGGAGGUGUUGCUGCUAUUGUUGAUGAACGGCCUUAUGUCGAAAUAUUCUUAUCAACCCAAUGCACAUUCAGGAUUGUAGGUCAGGAGUUCACCAGAAGUGGCUGGGGGUUUGCAUUCCCUCGAGACUCCCCUUUGGCGGUGGAUUUGUCAACUGCCAUCCUACAACUUUCUGAAACUGGGGAUCUGCAACGGAUUCAUGAUAAGUGGAUGACGCGAAGCACCUGUAGUUUAGAUAAUACUGAAAUUGAAUCAGAUCGUCUUCAGCUCAAAAGUUUCUGGGGUCUCUUCAUCAUUUGCGGGGCGGCUUGCUUUAUUGCUCUCGUCAUAUAUUUUUUGCAGAUUAUGUUACUGGUACGACAUUCCACUCCUCCCGAAUCUCCUUCUAAUGUUGGCCCACUUCAAAGAUUUCUUUCACUCAUCGACGAGAAGAAAGGUCCAUCGAGGAGUGAAAGAAGAAAGAGGAAUGGAGAUGAAAUAUCACCUGAAGAUCAACUGGGAAGGCAACCGAAGAGGAUACAAAGAGUAAUGGCAGCAUAGUUCAAUUCAAAUCAAACAAUUGACCCUUUGAUGUUGUUGAAUAUUUAUUGAUUUUAGCCGUUGUGCUAUUUUUGUACAAAUCCCAAAUUUUAGAGCAUUGUAAAUGAUUCUAGUGAUAACAUUACUCUUACACGAUAUAUAUCUGGAAGUUUGUUAGGGAACGUUACUCAUUUACAAGAAAAACAAUUGGGAGUUAUCUCCAAGUACAUGUUAGUACUUGUAUUACAUUCAAUACAUACACCAUUAAAAGUCAAGGGAUCCUCUUAAUGAUUGUGA